UCAGUCCGUAAUUUUUGGAAAAGAUUAUUUCAGAUAAACAUGGAAAUUACAAUGAAUUUAAGCAACAAUUACAAAGGAUAAGUUUUUUUUCACGAUUAUCGUGUUUUUCAGAUACACAUGAUUCAUAUAGACAGGUUCUAUUUUAUUUGUGUAAUCAGCAAUUUUUGCUGUAAGAAAAUUACGCAUUCUUUUUGUUUUUCUGUUAUAAAGUAAAUGUUAAUGAAAUUGGAUUGGUUCACAACGUCAUAACAGAUUCGCCUAUUGGCUAUUAAGCCAGAUAACAAGAUGUACUUUAGGUUCAUUUUGUCACGUAACAGAAGACUCUGGAUAACAUAAUGUAUCAAGAAACCACAAUGGAUAUUAAGUGUUCAAUAUUCGAAGAAGAGAAAGAAGAAUUUCCAUGGGAUGAAAAUGUCUUAAAGGAAUUUAAAAAAUCGAUCAAAGACCAAGGAAUUCAUUGUCUUAUGGACGACAUUUUUCUUCUUGGAUUUCUACGUGCUAGAAAGUUUGAUAUAGAGAGUUCCCUUCAGUUGCUUAAGAAUUAUUAUAACAUGAGAGUAAACAAUCCACAAUUUUUUAAGAAUCUUCUUCCUUCUAAAUUGGAGCAUGUUUUGAAGAUGAAUAUUUUUCAAUUUUUGCCGAAACCUGACCAGGAUGGAACGUAUAUUUUGAUUUGUAGAUAUUGUAACUGGAACACAUCUGUUGCAAGUGCAGCUGAUUUAUGGCGUGUUAUAAUGCUUUGUAUGGACCUUCAAUUAACAUUACAUCGAACUCAAGAAAAGAAAAUCAUUUGUAUUGUAGAUGCAGGAGGAUUAACUUUGUCGCAUUUCUACCAUCUCUCACCAAACAUCAUCUACUGGUUAGCGAUGCUUAUUGCUAAAAAUUCUUAUAUUAUUGGAUACAAGGCAGUGCAUUACGUAAAUCUGAAUAGCAUAAUGAAAGCUGUUUUAAGUGUUUUACUCCCACUUCUAUCUGAUGAACUGAAGAAAAAGUUACAUUUUCAUUCUGAUAUGAAGACUUUACACGAAUUCAUCAAUCCUGAUUGUCUGCCCUUGGAAUAUGGAGGAAUUUUGCCAGGAUACGAUCCUACUGAAGCCAAUAAUAUGAUUAGAGCUAAUGAAGAAUUCUACAAAAGAAACGAAGAAUACGUAAAACUGUAUGAAGAAGAAAGUAAGAGAAGUUCUAAAGAAGACAGAUUUACAAACGUUAUCGAAGAUCCACAAGAAGAAAAAAUGAAAAAAUUUAUAGAAAAAUCAGAAGAAAAGUUUAAACGUUAUUCUAACAAUCCAGAAGCUUUUUUGGAUUCAUUGAAAGAAGAUUUGGAAUUCGAAAUUACUCUGUUUUAAUAUGAUUACAUUAAUUUUGUACUUACUGUUGAAUUAUAUAACCAGAAGUAGAAUGUAGUUAGGCGACAACAGUUUACAUUGAAAACAAAUUGUGAAUUAUGGUUUUCAUUUAGAUGUGUAAUUAAUAAUUAAAAUAU